CACACGGAGGAGGAGCAACAUGUGCUUGAUCUGUGUUCAUCCGCUGUCACCACCCCGUGCGGCCGCUCCACGGGAAAACUAAACUCAUAGGUGGAGGAGAGAGGGAAACUAAACUGAUCAACGAGCAGGGCGCAAGCAGAAGAGUUGACACAGAAAGUCGGCGUUACUUCAGACCCUCCGUUAACUGGUGGAAUUAAAGGAGUAGGUAGGCCUGUUCAGGAUUGCUUUCGCUGUUUUGACAGUGAAGGGAAGCGAGUGGAAUGAGAAACAGCCUCUGCACGUACAGUGUUUUUCUAACUAAGUAAAGUCCAUCUACACUUUAUGGAUUUCUAACGCGUGGACUUGCUUGGCACGACGUUCAAGUGUACUGUCAUGACCUUUGACAAUCGUUCAUCUCAUCACUCGAGGUGACAACCUGGAUCCAAGCCAACUAUUACCUUACUCUUAAAGAGGUCUGGGGACCUGACCCACACCCCCCCUCCCGCGGGGUCGUGUCGUCAGAGGGACCAGGGGGGGGUGUGUGUGUGCGGUGCGACCGCAUCAUGGAAGUGCUUCGGAAGUCCUCAGAAUUCGCUGCGGAGGUGCUGGACGUGUUUGACCGCUCGGUGAGCGACAAGGAGCUGGUGUUCCAGGCCAAGGCGCUGUACCGAGACUACGUCCUCUGCAGGCUCAACCAACACGGGUUUGGGUGGGCCAGGAGCGAGCUCCACUUCCCCUCCACCAGUGCAGCGCUGGCCGAGGUGUCUCUGGUGCUCCUGUAUCUCGGCCGACUGUAUUCCUCAUGCGGCCUUUACCCCUGGGUGUGUGCAUCCUAUUGGUCAUCAGAGUUCCCCUUUCAAUGCUCAGGUGGAAGUGCUGAACGCGAUGAGUUGGAGUGUAUGCACCCAAGUCUCUACAGGAACGUGGCUCGGCAACUCAACAUUUCUGUUGCCAUGGAGAAUAUGGUAUCGGAUGCCUUCAUUGCUGUGGCAACAGAGAUCUUUUCAACAGGUAUAACAUGGGGCAAGGUGGUGUCCAUGUUCGCAGUGGCGGCGGGUCUGGCUGUGGAUUGUGUGCGGCAGGGCCGGCCAGCCACCGUGCACGUCCUUGUGGACAGCCUUGGCCAGCUGGUCCGCAGGUACCUGGUGCCCUGGCUCAAGAGAAAGGGAGGCUGGACGGAAAUUAGCAAAUGUGUCAUAAAGAAGGACGUCAUCUCUGAACACCACUGGCUGUCCUCCACUGUGGAGUCCUUGAAGUACUUUCUCACUACAGUUUACGUAUACGUCAUGAAGGAACAAUGACCUGAUGGGACAAAGACAGUUUGCCCAGGCUCCAGCUUGCUUAGGCUUAAGUUAUUUGAGAUGAACACAGCUGCAGUGUGGAACAGACCUAACUUGACCUAACGGUUUGUUGGUGAAUGGCCAUCAACAAAUGUAUCAUCUGCAUUAACGUCAUGCCUCUCGGAUAAGUCCAUAAUAGGUGGCUACGCUUCAUUCAAAGCUUAGUCACAAUUAUACUUUCAUUGCAUGAUUCAUUUUUUUUGUUGCCGGAUUGUUUCAACCACAUUUUGUCCAAAGACGUGCAUGUCCAUCAAUGCAGUAAAAGCAGCUGGGUCCAGUUUUGUUGCACCUAAUGCACUUUGUGACGUUACUUCCCACUGGUUUACUACAGCUUCACUGCCUGAAGCGGUCUGCUUCUCAAGAGGAAAUGUCUGGUGCUUGGGGGGAACUACCAAACCGAUUCGGGAGAAUCAGAUAUGUGUAUAUCGUGAACAUUGAUGCUUUAAGAGUCUAAGCUUGUCGUUUUUGUUAAAUCUUAAGAUGAGCAUCGUGCAGAAAAAGUGAUUGCUCUUCGUUUCAGCUCUACAUAGGAAUUUACUGUUUUCAACAGCUAUGUGACAACUAUCAGGCUGUCAUUCCUAUUUUUUUCGGAGGACUCCAUGUGGCAAAUAGGUUUCAUUCCAGAGAAGGAAUGAGGUUAUUUUUUAACUGCCAUCAACUGUGUUGCACUUUAGGAGGUUUUCUGAUGCGAUUGUGUUCUACUACAGUGCACCCAGUUCUCCUUCCCAAACAUCAUAACCACCGUGACCAAAAAAACGAUGAGUGAUGAUUAUAGAUAUUGAGUCUAACUGUUGUGCCCGGUGUAAGUAACAUUUGUUUUCCACUGCAACAUUUCACAAUGUUGCAUAUGUAGGUGAUUAUUAUUUUCAAAUCUGUAAAUAGUUUUAUUUAUAAUUUUAGCAAUCGGAGCAAUUGUGGUAUUUCAUUGACUCUGACAGCAAUUAUUGAUUGUAUAGUGUGCCUAUUGGUUGUCACUUUAACUGUUAAAUUAUUUACGCGUCUGAUUUUUCUUUUUUUACUCUGAAAUAAACUUUCAACAUCUUAUCAAAAUGCCA